GUAUUGCUGUCUCUAAGGCAGAUCCGAUCACCUGUCUGCAGCAAGAAAAAGAUCCCUGGAAUAUGAAGAGACACAGUAUGGUAGCCACACCCCCAGGUUUCGUCUGGCUCACUUGCCCACCCUCGAGUGCAAUGGCACAGUCUUGGCUCACUGCUACUUCUGCCUCCUGGGUUCAAGCGAUUCUUCUGCCUCAGCUUCCCGAGUGGCCGGCAUUCCAGGUCAAGCCACCACACCUGUCACUGUCGCCUUAUUGAGUGCAAUGUCUGGUCGCGUCUUCUGUCAUUCAUCGCCUGAGAGCGCAGACCCGUAGGUCUAUCCAUUCAGGGCGCUGGGGAGGAAACUGUCCAAUUAGGUUCACAGUCGGAGAGGAAGGGGCGGCCCCAGGUAUUGGCGGGGCCUUUGUUUCUCUGCAGCCAGAACUCCGGGUUAGUUCUUCGCUUCCCUGUGUUCUCUUUCCGGGAGGUCUCAGUGAUUCUGCCACAGCCUCAGCUUCUAUCACUCUGUGACUUCAUGGUGUUGGAAGAUUCAUAGACUCCAGGACAUUUCUGAAGCCGAGAAAUGGGACACCAGACGUCCUGUCCCGUUUCAGCACAGCGGCUUUAGCCCCAGCCCGUUGGCCUCUUUGCGCAGCUCUACGGCCGCAGCCCCGCCUCUUCCCCAGGUUGUGAGGUGGAAGUCGACUCGGCGUACAGGGCUCCUGCGUGGAAGGAGCAGUGGUCUGUGGGGUCCCCGGUCCCUACUUUACCUUGUUCAAAAAGAAACUGAACCACCAUGAAAACAUUCAAGAAAUAUGCGCCGGCGCGGUGGAUUGCGCCUGUAAUCCCGGCACUUUGGGAGGUCAACGGGGGAACGGAUCACGAGGGGCCGUUGACAUUUAGGGAUGUGGCCAUAGAAUUCUCUCUGGAGGAGUGGCAAUGCCUGGACACUGCUCAGCAGGAUUUGUAUAGAAAAGUGAUGUUAGAGAACUACAGGAACCUGGUCUUCUUGGGCAGAUCCGAUCACCUGUCUGCAGCAAGAAAAAGAUCCCUGGAAUAUGAAGAGACACAGUAUGGCAGCCACACCCCCAGGGACACAGAUGAAUCUGGAGAACAUCAUCCUCAGCAAACUGACACAAGAACAGAAAAUGAAAUACCGCAUAUUCUCACUCAUAGGCAGGUGAUGAAAAAUGAGAACACAUGGACACAGGGAGGGGAGUACUAAACACGGGUCUAUUGGGGGGAAAAGGGGAGGGCCAGUGGGAGGGGGAGGUGGGGAGGGAUAGCCUGGGGAGAAAUGCCAAAUGUGGGUGAAGGGGAGAAAGGAAGCAAAACACACUGUCAUGUGUGUACCUACCCAACUGUCUUGCAUGUUCUGCUCAUGUACCCCAAAACCUAAAAUGCAAUAAAAAAUUAAAAAAGAAAUAAGCAAAAUUAUCUCAUUUUUAAACUUUAGGAGAUGUAAUAUAUUAAAGGACUAAUUAGGUAAGAAGAAUACAUAACUUUAUUUUUUAUCUUUUUCUCUUUUCUUUUAAGAAUACGUAACUUCUAAUUUGAUUUUGGAAAGUUUGAUGGAACUUUGUUUCCCAGAAAGAAUUUCAGUGAAAAUAUCAAAGGUUAAAAACACUUGGUAUCACAGGUCAUUUUAAAAUAAGUCAUUUAUUUAACCAAAGUGAUAAAGAGUUCCAAAGGAGAGUGGGGAAAAACUUCAUUUUUGGGGAGAGACAACCUAAUAUGCCAAACAAUCUCUAAAAGAUCAGCAUAAAGCCCAUUUGUUUUUCAAAAUGUUAUAAACAAUAUAAAAUUUUAAUCUUUUUUUUUUUUUUUUUUUUGAGACGGAGUUUCCCUCUCCUUACCCAGGCUGGAGUACAAUGACGGGAUCUCGGCUAACCACAACCUCCGCCUCUUGGGUUCAGGCAAUUCUUCUGCCUCAGCCUCCUGAGUACCUGGGAUUACAGGCAUAUACCACCAUGUCUCAGCUACUUUGGAGGCUGAGGCAGGAGAAUCAUUUGAACCUGGGAGGGGGAGGUUGUACUGAGCCAAGAUUGUGCCAACAAACUCCAACCUGGUGACAGAGUGAGACUCCAUCUCUCUCUCUUUAAUAUAUGUAUAUGUGUGUGUGUAUAUAUAUGUAUAAUAUAUAUAAAAUAAGUAUAUAUUUGCAAAGCACAAAGAAUAAUGCCAGGAGGUGCCCUCCACAGCCCUGGCUUCUACCUCCUCUUCCACUCUGUGCUGAACUGCCAUUACAGAUAUUCAUACUGUAUCACAGGACCAAUAAAACCACUCCACCAGCGACUGAAAGAGGAGCCACAGAAAGACCAAGAAACAGCCUCAACAACUUGUACUACCCUAGAAUGUACUAACAGCCAUUGUUGGCAUUCAGGAGCUGUUUAUUCCUAUCUUCACACUACUCCAAAGAAUUUUAAACAGGCUGGACUGGCUGAUGCUUGUAAUCCCAGCACUUCAGGAGACCAAGGCAGGCAGAUCACUUGAGGCCAGGAGUUUGAGACAAGCCUGGCCAAUAUGGUGAAACCCUAUCUUUAAUAUAAAUAGAAAAAAAAUUAGCCAUGUCUGUAAAUUCCAGCUACUUGAAAGGCUAAGACAGGAGAAUCACUUGAACCCAGGAGACAGAGGUUGCAGUUAAUGGAGAUUGUGCCACUGUUCUCCAUUCUGGGUGACAAGAAUGAAACUAUCUCAAGAAAAAAAAAAAAGUUUGAAACAGUCACAGUCUAGACUUGCUGGAAGCUGGUGCCUGGUACGUCUGACAACUGCCAAGACCUUAGUGCUCCUGUCUCAGGUACACACUGGCCCACCUGACACCCAGAUAAAACAAUUUUUUUUUUUUAAGUCCUGGCCUUGUCAGGUGGUUCCCUCCUGUAAUCUGAGCACUUUGGGAGGCAGAGGUAAGCGGACCACCUGAGGGCCGGAGUAGUUAAAGACCAGCAUAGAUAAACCCUGUUUCUUCUAAAAGUUACAAAAUUGUCCGGGCAUGGUGGCGCAUGCCUGUAAUCCCAGCUACUCAGGAGGCUGAAGCAGGAGAAUUGCUUGACCCCAGGAGGCGGAGGUUGCAGUGAGCUGAGAUCAUGCCAUUGCACUCCAACCCGGGCAACAAGAGCAAAACUCCAUCUCAAAAAAAACAAAAACAAAAACUAGCGUCUCUGUAAUGGUGGAGCUUCAGUCAGGGAUGCACUAGCUAGCAGGGCCUUGACUGUGUAACCCAAAAGGUGUAUGAGACAGGUCUUGAUUAAUAUGGAAAGUUUAUUCUGCCAGUAUAAAGAAUAGGCCUGUGACACAGUCCCAGGAGGUCCUGAAGACAUGUGCCCAAGGUUCCUUUGAUACAUCUUAGGAAGAAAUCAAUAUGUGUAAAAUGUAUCUUGGUUUAGUAAGGAAGGACAACUGGAAGUGGGGGCUUCCAGGUUACAAGUAGAUAAGAGACAAAAGGUUUCAUUCUUUUGAGCCUUUGAUUAGCCUUCCACUGAAUACAGAAUGUCCUUUGGCCCAGUGAAUCUGCAUUCUUACAUUAACAAUAGGGUAGAAAAAGCUAUGGGAUCUGCAUUUGUCUCGGGUGAGCCUCAGAGGGAUGACUGAGUUCUGUCUGUUCUUUGUUCACAAGGAAUUUCUUUGCAAGCAAAUUGUGAGAAAGGUAUAUAGGGUUUUUUUCAAUUCGUUUUGUUUUGAGAUGGAGUAUUGCUCUGUCACUCAGGCGGGAGUACAGUGGAGUAAUCUCAGCUCACUGCAACCUCCACCAAGCGAUUCCUGAGUAUACUAUUAGUGUAUUCAAGAAUGAAGUGAUUCUCCUGCAUCAGCCUCCAAAGUAGCUGGGACUACAGGCAUGUGCCACCAUGCCCAGCUACCUUUUUUGUAUUUUUGGUGGAGACAGUGUUUCACCAUGUUGGUCAGAGUGGUCUCAAACUUUAGACCUCAAAUGAUCCACCCACCUCAGCCUCCGAAAGUGCUGUGAUUACAGGUGUGAACCACCAUGCCUGGUGAUAUGUGGUCUUUUAUAUUUGCAGCAGCUAUUUUAUUUAGGAAUAAAAUCUUAUUUAGGAAGGCAGGCUUAUCUGACAGUUCCCAGCUCAACUUUUCCAUUGGCUUAGUAAUCUUGGGGUCCAGAGAUUUCUUUUUCUUUCACAGAUAAGUGUUCAUAAUGACAAAUACUGAUUAGACUGGGCAUGGUAGCUCACCCCUAUAAUACCAGCACUUUGAGAGGCUGAGGUGAGUGGAUCACGUGAGGUCAGGAGUUCCAGACCAGCCUGGCCAAAAUGGUGAAGCCCUGUCUCUACUAAAAAAACAAAAAGUAUAGCAGUCAUGUUCAUUAUUAAAAAAACAAAAUUAGCACAAUAAUGCUGGUGUAGGCUUAUAAUCCUAGCUACUUGAGAAGCUGAGGCAGGAGAAUCACUUAAACACAGGAGAUGGAGGUUGCAGAGAGCCAAAAUCAUGCCGUUGCACUCCAGCCUGGGAAACAGAGCGAGGCUCCAUCUCAACAUAUAUGUAGACACAUACAUAUAUAUUAAUAAAAAACUCAUACAUGCAAAUAUGACUAAUGCUACAUCUUUUAAAGUAGUCCAUCCUGCAGGGCACUGUGGUUGAUGCUUGUAAUCCCAGCACUCUGGGAGGCCAAGAUAAGAACAUUAUGAGGUCAGGAGUUUCAGACCACCCUGUCCAAUAUGGUGAAACGCUGUCUCUACUAAAAAUGCAAAUUAGCAAGUGCUGUGGCGUGCACUUGUAGUCCCAGCUACCCAGGAGAGUGAGGCAAAAGAAUAACUUUAAUCCAGGAGGGCAGCUCUAGUGUCCAGGAGAAUGUCCACUUUUCUCCAAUUGAUUCCCAGGAUCACCCAGAGCUUGGUUGAUAAUGGUGGUGUGGACUGCCAGAGCCAAGGAUAGGAGCUCUGGGGCCUGUCAGUCCUGAUGAACCAUUUGAGAGAUUGGCUUUGUACCUUGUGACCAGCAUCCCCAGAGAUGGAUCAAGAUGGCUUCCUCAUGCUGCCUGGGCCAUCCUUCCUGAAAAGCCCUGGCUUACCACAUCUGUAGCAGUUAACAGGUGCCCCUCAAGGAUGCGGGAGUUUGCGGGCUUCUAUGGUGGGAAUAAAGCCUCUGCCUUUUUUUUGUGUUUCCUGCCUCCCUCCUGGGCCUUCCUAUCUCUGUUAUAAAAGGCUGAGGUGACCACUUUCAGGAGGUUCUCAAGAGUACUAUUUGGGGCCAGGCGUGGUGGCUCAUGCCUGUAAUCCAAGCACUUUGGAGGCCAACGCAGGCGGAUGACCUGAGGUCAGGAUUUCAAGACCAGCCUGACCAAAAUGGUGAAACCUUGUCUUUUAAAAUAAAAAAAAAGUAGGCCGGGCGCGGUGGCACACGUUUAUAAUCCCAACACUUUGGGAGGCCGAGGCUGGUGGAUCACGAGGUCAAGAGAUUGAGAUCAUCCUGGUCAACAAGGUGAAACCCCGUCUCUAUUAAAAAUACAAAAAAAAAAAAAAAAUUAGCUGGGCAUGGUGGCGCCUGCCUGUAGUUCCAGCUACUGAGGAGGCUGAGUCAGGAGAAUUGCUUGAACCCAGAAGGCGGAGGUUGUGGUGAGCCGAGAUCGUGCCAUUGCACUCCAGUCUGGGUAACAAAAGUGAAACUUCGUAUCCAAAAAAAAAAAAAAAGUACUAUUUGGUCUCCAGGGCCUAUUUUUUGCAACUUUCUCCUGAUAUCAAGAGCUGCCUCAGCAAUACAUUUAUUUUUUUGGACUCGUUGUCAUUUGAUUGAAUCAGAAGUUAGAAAAUAGAAAAUCAAGUCUUACUCAGUGAGUUGAGAUUGCACCACUGCACUCCAGCCUUGGUGACAAAGGGGAAACUAUGUCUCAAAAGAACAACAGAAUGAAAGGUGAGUGUGGCUCCUGCCACUCACGCCUGUAAUCCCAGCACUUUGGGAGGCCAAGACGGGCAGAUCACGAGGUCAAGAGAUCAAGACCAUGGUGAAACCCUGUCUCUACUAAAAAAAUAGAAAACUUAGCUGGGCGUGCUGGUGAGUGCCUGUGUUCCCAGCUACUCGGGAGGCUGAGGCAGGAGAAUUGCUUGAACCCAGCAGGUGGAGGUUGCAGUGAGCCAAGAUUAUAUCACUACACUCCAGCCUGGAGCCUGGUGACAGAACAAGAUUCUGUCUCAAAAAGAAGAGUGUGGCACAGGUGAUCAUCACCUGUCAUUGGUGACAGAAGAAAAAAUGCUAAGGCUGGGCAUGGUGGCUUACUACUGUAAUCCCAGCACUUUGGGAGGACAAGGCAGGUGGAUCAGGAGGUCAGGAGUUCAAGACCAGCCUGGUGAACAUAGUGAAACCCUGACUCCACUAAAAGUACAAAAAUUAUCCAGGCAUAGUUGUGUGCCCCUGUAAAUCCAGCUACUUGGGAGGCUGAGGCAGGAGAAUCACUUGAACUUGGGAAGCAGAGAUUGUAGUGAGCCAAGAUUGCAGGACCACUGCACUUCAGCCUGGGCAACAGAGCGUGGCUACAUCUGAAAGAAAGAAAAGAAAAGAAAAAGGCUGGAGUGCAGGCCAGGUGGAGGAGAGAUGCUAGGCUGUGGGGCUAGGCCCUGGGCAUGCUGGACCUGUUAGGUCAUUGAACAUUUAACUGCUCGGGCACUUGCCUCUGUCAGGUGCUUUGAGGUAAAGGAAUUAGGCAGCACUCUCCGGAAGUCCCACUGUGCUGGGAGAAUGGAGGAGGGUCUACAUCUUGCCAUUCUAGGGUAACUUUUAUAGGAAGCUGUACUCUCUUGGAGAGCUAAUGAGAUAGGAGGAAGGCAAUGAUAUCGGGGUCCGGCACAUCUGCCAGGGGGGCUACCGACCCGCGGAAGUCCCCAAGACCACCAACGUAGAUGUCUCGUUCAACCUGAGGGAGAGAGCACGCGGGAAAACAAAGAAUCCAGGAAAGUAGAGUCUGGA